AUGAGCGUGUCGCGUUCGCGGAGGCAAUCCCUUGAACGUCUCGGAUGCAACAUCCCUCCGCCGUCUCCUCAGCCAUCCUCCGCCUUCGAGGACAUAUUCGACGUCGACUCACCUACCUCAAGACCUGUCAGCGAGGCUUUCAUGUCAGGAACUUCUACACCAAAUGGCCCAAUCGGUUCCCGACCCCCAUCCUUGACCGAACUCCUUCUCGAUGUUGCCUCACCACCAUGGACCCUCAGUGCUUUUAUGGCCUACCUUUCCCAGAACCAUUGCAUGGAGAGCCUCGAAUUCACGCUCGACUCACAACGAUACGCCGCAUUUUAUAAUGAAAUGAUUACGAACAAUUCAAAUCACACGCAGGAGAGCAACGACCGCGUCUGCAUUUUAUGGGAAAAGCUCAUGCAGGUUUACAUCAUCCCUUGUGCUCCACGGGAGGUGAACCUUCCGGCUCGUAUCCGUGAUCAACUGCUUGGACUUCCUUGUGGUCCCGCCCCCCCUCACCCUGCACAACUGGACGAGGCAGGUCGAAUCCUCUACGAGCUCAUGAACGACUCUCUUCUCCUCCCCUUCCUUCAGUCUGUUGCUCACAUGCAACUCGAUGGAACUGCUGAGGACCACGGCCGUGGAUCCCGCCGAUCCUCGAACAGCAACACUCGUAUGGGUGCACCAAUUCGUUCGAUGAACUCUGUACAUCACACUGAAUCCGACUCCAUGACUGAUGAUAGCGACUGCAACUCAACUCCGGGCAUGGAACCUAUGACUCCCCCGACAACGCCCCCGACAUCUGAAUGGACCUUCACCACUUCCCCGGGUGGUCUCCAACGUGCUGUGGCUGCUCACAACAAGGGAUGGAAGAAGAUGGGUGCAAAGCUCGGCUUCAACCGCAAGAGCUCGAGAACUCGGUCACAGGUCGUGUCAUUACCUGAAUCAUCCAACGGAGCUGACUGGACUCAUGAUAUUUCGCAAGAAACUCUCGAGCCAGAAGGCACUUACCUUGGUCACCCUCUGCAUAGCAACGUGCAUACAGCAGAUGAUGGUUGGUACCACAACCUCGACCUCCGAAAAUAUGAUGGUUUGGGGGAUGGCGCGGCCGCAAAAUUCGAUGUCGCUCGUAUCGGUGCGAAGACUUCUCUCGUGCAAAAGGAUAUACGUAUGAGACGACGACUCAACAAGCCUCCAGAGCUUGUAACCAGUAUGCAGUCAGAGAAGAGCAGAUGCGCGUCUUCCUAUCGGCCGGAUCUGCCUCAACUACUCUCAACUGACUGCUACGCGAACAACGCCAGCCUCAGCAAACCGUCCCUGACUGACAUCUCCAAUUACCUACCGAUUUCUGCUAUCGGUAGUGAGAAUAUUUGUUGUCCCCCGACAACUUCGGGUGAUGGAGCGUUUCGAUAUGCAUCUCCCGUCGAAGACAUGUACGGCUGGGACGCUGAGCUUGAAAGACGUCAGUCGUCCCCUAGUCGGGCAUCAAUCAGUUCCACGGAGGGCUGCGAUACCAUUGCUCUCAGUUACAGGCGAGCCAACGGAAGCAAACACAGUUUACUUCAGCGUGUUUUCAGGGUUGGCUCGUCUUCUUCCGUGAGCAAGAUGGAGACUGUCGUUUGA